AAUGAAAGUCACUCUUGCUAUCUUGUUGUUAGUAAGCAUUGCUUCUGCAACAUCAACACAUGAUCAAAUUAUGGCCUUACUUUAAACAGGCACAAAAGCAAUGGAUGCCAUUGAUACAGUGUUUGGUUUAUUGAAUGAUCUUAUUCAAUCAAAUAAAGAUGCUUAAUUUGCUGCAGAUUAAAAGAAUGAAACAGAUGAAUGGGUUGGUGCACAGUAAUUUUAAAUUUUAAAUAUAGAACAAUUGAAUAAUUUACAAAGAUCAAAUCACUCAAUUAAAAGUUGUUCUAAUAAUCAAUUGAAAACAGAGUUCAAUUUGAAUAAGAUUUAUAAGACACUAAGAAUUAUCUUGCUUGGAAUGAAUAAAGAUAAGAUGAGAUUACAAGAAAAAUUGAUGUUCUUCUUGAUGAAUAAUGUCUUAGUAACUAAUUAUUUGUGAGAUCAAUAAAACAAAAUAGAGAAGCUCUUGAAGUUGUUAGAGUACUUAAGCAAGAUGUUGCUGGUUACAUUAUCAAUGGUGAUUCAUUUGAAUUAGUCCAAGAGAAAACCACAAGUGUUGCUGAAAAACUUAAAGCAUACAGCAAUCUUUUCAAUGAAUAAGAAAUUAAAACAUUCUUGAAUUUAGCUUAAACCUAAUAAGAAGAAGGAGUAAGUAGAGGAGCUACAUUAGCUGAAAGAGUCCUUGCAGUUCUUGAAUCACUUGAAACAAAUCNAAUUAUAUAUAUAAAUAUUUUGACAAUCAAAUUAUAUAGUUUUUUUUAUAUUAAAAUUAAUAAUAUUUUUCUAUAUAGGAUCGUUUAUAUAACUCUUAUGCUUAAAAACCAAUUGAAAAGGAGACAAUAUUUUUUAAUUGUAGUUUUUAUUAUAUGGAUUUUUUGUGAAUAUUAAUGAAAUUUUUAGAAUUGAAUAUAUCUUAAAAAAUGAUAAGAAUAAAGUUAAUAUGUUGAAAUAAAAGGAUUGGGAGAAGUGAAAUAGUAGAAAAAUAAUUAGAUAUUGAUAAAUUAUAGAUUAUAUAGUAUAGAUUAAAAGUCAAUUCAAAAAAGAUGAUCAUAUAGUUUACCCGUUUUUGAGAAUAAAAUAUAUUGAGA